AUGCGGUCUCUUUCCCUCCUGUCUGGCGCUUUACUUCUCCACCAGUCGCUUGCUUUAGCACCUGAAUACUCUGAUAGCAUUUUCUCGCCCUAUAUAGCCGAAAAGUACGACCGAGUUGGUGCAGCCUACAAGACAGCAUCAUACCCGCACAUCACCGCGGCAAAUGGUUCAUGGAUUUGGACGCAUGCAGAUUGGUGGACUAGUGGAUUCUUGCCAGGUUCUUUCUACCUCUUGGAGGAACGCAAGCGCCUAUGUCCCAAGGACAAGGCCCUCAACUCGGUCGACUGGCUUACGUAUGGAAGACGUUGGAGUGAUGGUUUAAUAUCGCUUCAAGCGGGCAAUGGUCAAGGUCAUGACCAGGGAUUUUUGGCCCUUCCGUACUUGGAUGAGCUCAAAAUCAAUCCGACCAACGCCAGCGCUAUCACUGGUGUAAAAAACUUUGCAACUCUCUUGGCCAACCGAUAUAGUAGCAUAGUUGGUUGCACGCGAAGCUGGAACAGUGCUGCACCCGAGUUCCAAGUGAUUAUGGACAACAUGAUGAAUUUGGAGUUGCUAUUCACUGCGGCGAAUUUGACCGGAAACCGAACACUGAUUGACAUGGCUAUCAGUCACGCCAACAAGACCAUUGACAACCACAUUCGUCCUGAUGGCUCUUCCUACCACGUCGUGGCAUACAAUGAGAAUACGGGCGCACACCUGGACGAGGCCAAGCUUGGGGUAUAUAUGGUCUUCAACCUUACGUCUCAGCCUCAGUAUUUGGACACCGCCCGACGAAUGGCAAAAGUCUUCAUAACUCGCCUCCCUUCAAAUGGCAUUCCGCCUUACGAUUAUGACGCACCCGAUCCAACCGACCGGCUGACACCUCUGCUGCCACGAUCGCUGCUGAAGGGCUAUUCAUUUUAUCCGAGGCUGAAGCCUACCAAACGCAACAGGCGCAGUUACUAUAAGGAACAAGGAGUGAAGCUUUUGACCAACAACUUUAAAUUCGCAUUCAAGCCAACUUGGGAUAGCAUCCUGAGCAAUGGUACCUCGAACGUUCCUCAGAACAACAAAAAUACCGGCUUGGUCUAUGGGACUAUUACGCUAUCAGGCCGGAAACACUAUGUUAAAGCUCGGUCUAGCUUCUUGCUGACCUCGAUGGUGAUGAUUGAUCUUACUUGUAAAUAG